AUGCCUUCCAACUCUCCUUCACGUUCUGUCCUAACGGCCGCCCUCGGCUUGUUCUCCCUGUUCUCAUCGACACUCGCCGCCCCUACCUGCGGGCUGGUCCCACCCAAGUCGUCUUCUGGGCUCGCCGUCCAGCCAACAGCUGGCUCGUCCAGCGGUGGCAACACCGGUGCCGGAAAUGCGACUAGCGGCGACGUCGUAGCCACCGGCUGGUACCCCGGCUGGCUCGGCGACGAGAUGCCACCUAGCCAGGUUCCCUGGCAGAUGUAUAGUUCGUUGACCUUUGCAUUCGCGCUCACAACACCUGAUGUGAACAACCUUGCCCUCGAUACGCAGAGCGCUGCGCUACUACCAGAGUUCGUGAAGGAGGCACAUGAUCAUGGAGUCGACGCAUUGCUAUCCGUUGGCGGCUGGACUGGGUCAAUAUACUUCUCAUCUGCUGUCGGAAACGCAGCAAACCGCACUGCAUUCGUCAAGACUGUCGUAAACAUGGCCAAGCAGUACGGUCUCGAUGGAAUUGAUUUCGACUGGGAAUAUCCAGGCCGGCAAGGCAUCGGUUGUAACGAAAUCUCCGACUCCGAUUCUUCCAACUUCCUCUCUUUCCUUCAAGAGCUUCGCAAAGACCCUGAUGGGUCGCAGCUCCUCAUAACGGCUGCUGUCGGCCUCUCGCCUUUCGCUGGCCCUGGCGGGACGCCGAUGAGCGACGUCUCGGAAUUCGCUUCUGUCCUUGACCACAUUGCUGUCAUGAACUACGAUGUCUGGGGCUCAUGGUCGACCGGAGCCGGCCCGAAUGCGCCUCUUGACGAUUCGUGUGCACCUACCCCGGCCGGAUCGGCGACUUCGGCCGUUAAGGCUUGGACAGCUGCUGGUUUCCCUGCUUCCAAGAUUGCGCUGGGAAUUGCUGCUUACGGACAUAGCUUCCAUGUCGACACCAGCUCCGCCUUCGACGGCACGGGAGCACUGGCCCUUUACCCACCGUUCAACAAGGCUGAGCAGCCUCUCGGGGACAGCGAUAUUCCUGGAGCACCUCCGAGCACCGACCAGUGCGGAAACACCGUAGGUGCUGGAGGCACGUUCAACUUUAAGGGUAUGAUCGAGGCGGGCUUCUUGGACGCGGACGGCAAUGCGGCCAACGGAAUUGACUAUCGGUUCGAUAAUUGCAGUCAGACUCCGUUCGUCUAUAAGCCCAGCGCCCAGACGCUGAUCUCUUACGAUGACAAGACAAGUUUUGCCGCGAAAGGGAAGUUCAUCGAUGCAAACGGACUGGCUGGCUUCGCCGUCUGGCACGUAGUCGGGGAUUCGAACAACAUUCUUUUGUCAUCCAUCAGCGACGCGAUGCAAAUUGUUCAAGUAUGUUCUUGA